CACGAUGUUAUGUUCCUACUGCUGAGUUCACGGCACGCGCUAAAAGACGGAUAUAUGUUAUUGGCAAACUUAACUGGAUCAUGAUGAAACAGAACGCACCCAUCAACGUCGAACUCUACUCGACUUUGCAUUUGUCUGAAAAUCUUAUAUUAAUACUAAUUUAUUUGUUCUGUACGUGACUUGGACAUUCCGUUUCCUAUAUGUACGUCGUGAGGUGAGGUCGCUUAGUUAUAGUUUGUAGUAGUAGCGUAAAGCAGAAAUGUACAUAUUAUUAUUGUUGUAGCAAAACGAACAGAAAGUGACGUCAUUAAUCGUGCUUUACAAUUAAAGAAGUUGACGCGUGACCCUGUCAAUUAAUCAGUGGCUGCUUGUAUUUUGGCUUCGACAUUCGUUUAAAAAAUCUGGGUACAGAGCAGUCGCUAAAACUGAUGGAGUGUGAUACACGAUUUACAUGGAUUAUUGUUCUGUGUUUGCUUUGCAAACUGGCGAUUGUUGACGGCAUUUUACUAUUGAAGGGCCCCGAAGAUAAAACCGUUUACGAAGGUGAUACAGUCACAUUCGAAUGCACCGUCGCUUCUAAGGGAGGUAUUCAAAUACUAUGGGUUUUUGGUAGGGCAAGUUUUAUCAGUGUUGACACAAAAAUAUUAAGUUAUAUGGACCACGGAUUAAAUACACGUUCCUCAAUUAUUAAUGGUUUUGAAGGUCAGUAUAAACUUCAGAUUUCGAACGUUUCGAUGUCCGACGAAGGUACAUUUGGGUGCUACUAUUCACAACAUGGAUCGACAGGAAAUUUUAGUGAACAUGGUGAGGCUAGACUGACGGUUUUAAAAUUUGGAACGCGUAGUCCAGUCUGCAGUGUACAAAAUUCCGAUUUACCAAGGAGACCCUAUCAGAAAUUAGUUUUAAACUGUUUAAGCGCAAGCAAGAACUUUACCGUAAAAUGGGAUAAUGGGACAGAUAGCAUGACACGGUUUCAUUACGGUUGGCAAAACGUCCAGGUAGUUUUAACGCCUUACGAUAACGGCCGCGUUUUCACAUGUACGGAGCUUAACCCUGCGACGUUCAGGACGCAGAACUGUUCAAUCAAGCCGAUGAAUAUUUUUCCUACGGCUACUAUACUUCCCGGACUACCAACAAUAUCAGCAGAUAAUGACAUAACAUUCGUUUGCAACGCGUCUGGCUUACCUAAUAUAUCCAAAUACGUGUGGAUACAUAAUGGGCACGUGAUAGCACGCGGCCUAAUCUAUCCAAUGAAAUACACCGUAGAUGGACGAACAUUGACAAUUCGUGGCGUUGACAUGUCAGACCAUCAAUCAAGUAUUGUAUGCCAAGCUUACGUUCAGUCUGGCAUGUAUGGUGUUGCAAGGACAACUAUGGUCGUUCUACCGACUUUCCUCACUACAAGCACAUCGCUUACCACGCCAUUAACCAUUCGACAAAGCACUCAUAUCAUAACGGACGUAACAAGAGAUAUACCUUUAGAAAACGACGGCAACUAUCCCAUUAGUAUAUUCCCAUUUAGUUUACCAGCAGUUGUAGCAUCAGUUAUUGGAAUAUCUGUUUUAAUUAUUAUAUCUGUAAGUCUGCUGAUGUUUGUUUGUCUUCCAAGGCGCAAACCAAUGCUUGAAUUGCCUGAUGUAACGGCUAGACGCGGAAGGAGCCCAGGGACUUUUGUCCCAUCCAUUAGCCGUGGAAUCUCCCACAAUAAUUUUCUUUAUGCUGAACUAUCGAACGAAAUAGAUUUACAAAAAACGGAACAUGCUUGUGAAUACUUGGGGCAGUCGUUACGCGAGGAGGAGGUACUUCAACCACUAAUUGAUGAACAUUUUCAUUUAUAUUCUUCCGAAACACAAAGUGCAGCUGAAUCAGCUGUACCUCCUCCAUUGCCUCCAAAGCCAACGCGACUGAUAGCGCCAGAUUUAUACGCUGAGAUUCCCGAAGAAAUCUACCAGGAAUGUGACGAUUACAUACUAUACUGGGAUACUGAGUUGCCAGUACGUUCAAGUAGUGAAACAAUAGACAAUUUCUUUCAGGAACCAGAUUAUAUUGGUGAUAAGAUUCAUGAUAGUGCUGCAUUGAUAGUUGACUCAAACAUACCUGGGUAUUGUCAAUCAAAUAGCGCGAAGCGACGGUCUGGUAAUGUAUUGCCAUGUGGGUGUGACGAAAAAUCAAGAGCCACCUGCACUUCAUAUGCUAGGGUGAAAAAAACCAAUAGAAAGUAUAGGGCUAAAGGAUUAUAUGGUGAUUAUACAAUCGGGAAUCUUGAAAGAAAUCUUUUGAUACCUUUGAAAUGCGACGAUCUAACAUCUGCUGGGCUGUACGAUGCUCAUACGGAGUUAUUGGACUUCCAAACGGAACGAGAACUCUGUUUAAACAAGUGUUACUCGGAUCCAAUAUAUGACGUCAUUCCCGAAAAUGCCAUUCAACACCAUCAUCAGACAAUGUUGCUGCCAUCUAGCAGGUGUCGAUCCAGACUAAGACGUAGUAAAAGUUGCCCUAAGAAUAAUCCAUACGAGGAUACAACAGACAAAUUUAGGCACCCAUUAUCAUUUGUUUCAGACUUGCGCGUAGCUGAGAGUGCGCCAGAUCUUGUUCAUGCGCAACUGAAUACCAAAGGUCACAAUUACGAAAUGGUUCCGGAGAAAGCUUUGAAUGCAUUGUGUAAAGCUAAAUCAGACGAUAUUCUUAGUAAAGCGUCAUCGUACAGUAGUUCUGCUGGGGAUUCAAGUGAUUACGUGGACAUGGGUUCUAAUGGAGUCAAUGAUUAUAUCUGACACAAAAAUAAUAUUUUAAUUUCCUCCCUCUGCUAUUUAAGUUACUUUCUACCCCUGAGUAGAAUUAACCAUGAAGCUAGAAGGUACAUUUAUUGAAAAUGACCACUAUCAAAGCUAGCGAUAAGAAUUUUCAGAUUUGGCUUUUUAACUUCGUCCACUCAUAAUCAUGAACUUAAUUUGAUUUUUUUAAUUGAUUAUGUUAGUGGCGCCUACAAAUCUGGUGGAUCACAUUCCUUAUAAUUAACUUUCAUUUCUUUUAUUUACAGGUUAUUGAAAGUGGCAAUUUUACAAAUUUCACCGGAAUUUUGUUUUUAUAAUUAUGACUGAGAUUAAUUUAACCACAACUUUAAAGAUUUGAGAAAUUGUACAAUAGUAUAGUUAAGAAAAAAUUGACGUUAGCUUCCUAGGUAAACUUUACUUCAAUUAUAGUCGAUAUUGCUGUAUAAAUAAGUUGUAUUAGUAAAAGCACUAACAUACUCAAAACAUCUUUAAAACGUUAAACAAUUAAACAAAUGUUAAUAUAAACAAUAAAGUAUGGAGGUAGGCCGAUGCUAAAGUUUUUCAUCCUUCUUAAUGUAAAGUAUUUUUAUAUUAUAAUUUUACAAGCAACCAUUACGGAAUUUUUUUUUCUUAUUUAUGUAUCAAUUCAUGUUCUUUACGUGGAACACUAUUCAAAGUAGGUUUUUUUAUUUUGUAUAACGCUUUUAAAGGCCUUCUUUGCAUACUUUAUUGUUUUUGUUUACUUAGGUUUUUUUCAGUCUUGUGCGAAUUUAUUUUCUUUUGAAUUAUAUAUAUAUA